UUUUGAUUAGAUUUUAUGUUUAAUUUCGUUGUUAUGUUCCAAAUUAUUCAAUUAGGAACCUUUACGACGGUCUAAACUAUUUCCACUGAUUGAUGAGAAGUCUGUAACAAUAAUACGUCAUUUGAAAUGGGGUCCCCCGCGGAGUGCAAGCCGGAGCCCGGCCUGCGCGCGGUGCUGCGGAGCCCGUCCCCGCGCCUCGACGCGCUGCGACGGAACAUCAUGAUUGACUUUGACAUUCAUGAAGAAUCUCAAACAACAGCAGAAGUUCCUGUGAGUAAUAGUAGCACGUCACACAACGUCAGCGGGAGUCCGCCGCACAAACGCACACCAGACCUGGCGCUGGAGCCCGCGGCAUGCACCAACAUCAACAACAUACUCACUGAUGUCAUCAACAGUCGGACAGACUCUGAAGAGGCAGACACUGUCAUAAAGAAGAAAUCAAAAUAUGUGCCAUUACUGUACAAGAACAGAAUUAUACUCGGCAAGAUACCUGAAGCUAACCAGAAUCAUGAAAAGGAGAAGUGUUUACUGGCGGUAGUAGUGACCGACUGUAUGGGGUCUCUGCUACGCAGCGAGCGCUACUGCGCGGCGUGUGCCGUGCUGCUCCCCACCCGACCUCGGUACUACCAACACUGCGUGAGCACACACAAGCAGGCGCCGCCGGCCCGCGCCCGGCGCCCGCGCAGCCUUCGUAUCAAGAAUAAAACUACUCGCACUAAUUUAACAUGUGGAUCUUGUUUACCGAUGCAUCAGCCGCAUAUACAUAAGAAUCCUCACAGUGGUACAGGGCGAUACAAGGCGAGCUGUAAAUCUUGUAAUAAAGCAUUCAAGUUACACCCGAAAGAGUCCAUUCCCAAAGCUCUGUCGAGCAGAGCCACGUCUGAACCGCCUGGUGGACAGCUUCCUGAACAUUCAAUCCACAAACAAAACAUAGCAAAUUUGGAGAAAGAUGUUCAAUUUGUUCAGCAACCUGAAAAGCCAAAUGAAUGUAAAACCUGCAAGAAAAGAAUUACACACGAUAUAUCUGAAUGUUCAAAUUGUAUAAACAACAAAAAACCAACAAGAAAUAACCAUACACUUCACCCUCACGAUCACUUUAUUAGCAGAAGUGAAAAGCCAAAUGAAUGUAAAACCUGCAAGAAAAGAAUUAGACAAGAUAAAUCUGAAUGUUUAAAUUGUAUAAAGAACAGAAAAGCAACAAGAAAUAACCUUAGAAUUAACACACACGAUCUAAAAUCCCGUUUGAACCAGCAAUUCAUACAAUCUCACCUUAGAAGGUGGAAACAUGCUUUCCGCCUAGAUAUCUCUGCUAUGACGAGUGCAGCCACAGAGUAAAUACCAUAGACUAUUACUUAGUAGACUAAUACUUAGUCUAUGGUCUUAUUAUAUGCUACUCGUACCUGAGCUUUAAAUUUUCAUGAUUAUUACUUACUUAAAUAUUGAAUUUUACCAUAAUCUUUGUAGAUACAUCAGCUGCUCGAUACCCAUAAUACAGGUUCUGCCUAGUUUGGGGUCGGAUGGCCGUGUGUGAGAUAUCCCCACAUAUUAUUAUAGAGAGUGUUGCAAAAAGGGUAUACUAAGCCGAAAGGGGGUGAC